UUCGGCUCAUACCCGAUUAGGUUUGUUCUCGAUACCAAUCGUAACGGUUUAGGGCUGAGUCUCUGAUUAGAUUUCUAGAAGCUCUGCAAAAAUCGAAAUCGCAUGGGUGAGAAUGAAUCAUUGGCGGUUUCUCCGAACGGGCUAUUACCGGGGAAGGCUGCAUCGGUGACACGUCACCUCGACGCGGAGCGAUGGUCGGAGGCGGAGGAUGUAACCGCUAAGCUAAUCGCUUGCAUCCAGCCGAAUCCUCCUUCGGAAAACCGCAGAAACGCCGUUGCGAGAUACGUGCGGAGACUUAUCAUGGAAUGCUUCCCUCCUCUCCAAGUUGAGAUCUUUACAUUUGGAUCGGUUCCGUUGAAGACUUAUUUACCAGAUGGAGAUAUUGAUUUAACGGCCUUUAGCACGAACCAAAGCUUGAAGGAUUCAUGGGCUAAUUUGGUUCGUGAUAUGCUUGAGAAGGAAGAGAAGAAUCAAAACGCUGAGUUUCGUGUUAAGGAAGUCCAGUAUAUUCAAGCUGAAGUGAAGUUAAUUAAGUGUCUGGUGGAGAACAUUGUGGUUGAUAUAUCUUUUAAUCAGAUUGGAGGUUUGUGUACUCUAUGCUUCCUUGAGGAGGCUGAUUUGUUUAUAAACCAGAACCAUUUGUUCAAGCGUAGUAUCAUAUUGAUUAAAGCUUGGUGUUAUUACGAGAGCCGUAUUUUGGGAGCUCACCAUGGGCUUAUCUCAACAUAUGCUCUUGAGACCUUGGUUCUUUACAUAUUUCAUGUUUUCAACAACUCCUUUUCUGGUCCCCUCGAGGUUCUCUAUCGCUUUCUUGAGUUUUUUAGUAAGUUUGAUUGGCAGAAUUUUUGUAUUAGCCUCUGGGGUCCUGUUCCAGUUAGUUCACUUCCAGAUGUUACAGCGGAGCCUCCUCGAAAAGAUGUUGGAGAGUUAGGAAAGAGCCAAGUGUUUCUUAAAGAUUGUAGUAGAGCUUAUGCAGUUAACCCUGUUGCUCAAGAGACACAGGGGCAUCCUUUUGUUGCCAAACACUUCAAUGUUAUAGACCCUUUGCGUGAAAACAACAACCUUGGACGCAGUGUCAGUAAAGGCAACUUCUUUAGGAUACGAAGUGCAUUUGCUCUUGGUGCGAAGAAGUUGGCUAGGUUACUUGAGUGCCCUAAGGAGAAUUUGAUCCAUGAGGUUAACCAUUUUUUUAUGAAUACAUGGGAAAGACAUGGCAGUGGUCGUCGUCCUGAUGCUCCUGGAAAUGAUCUAUGGUUAUCAAGACUGGGAGAUCCUGAGCCUUGUCUUCAAGCUGAAAAUGGUAGUAAUUCUUCAAGCAGCAAAAGAAACCAAAGUUCCGCCCCUCCCAGUAUGCCCUCUCGACAAAAAAACGGUGGAACGGAAGUUAUAUCUAAAACAACGUAUCAAACCCAGAAGAACUGUGGUAACUCUUACCAACUUUCUCAGGAAGUUGGGUCUAAUCAAAAUGCUUCAAAUGGUAAGCUUCAGCAAACUGUUAAGCCAGAAAUCAUGGUGAAUAAUUUUCAUGGAAGGCAUCUCUUUGCCAGGACACGGUCUAGCCCUGAGCUUACUGAUACUUGUGGUGAAGCUCUUUUGCCAGCAAGGCGUAGUAGAGCCUCAGAAGCUGGAAAACGCCUAAUUAAUUCCACGAGGGCUGAUAGUAUCAAGGACAAAAAUCUAGAGUCUGAGAGUUUGUCAAGCAGCAUCAGAAAUGCGGCUGACUCAUCUUCAGUUAGGCAUACACCUUCCCCUCGAAGUCCUGAUAGUACUGUUGACAUGAGUAGUGCAGUGAACAGUUAUUGUGAUGAUUUAGGUUCAGUUUCUGUGAAUGAAGAGUUCUCUGCAACAGGGGAACAGGGAAUGCAACAGGAAGAGCAAGAUCUUGUUAACUCGAUAACAUAUGUUACCGGGCAAGGUUUUAAUGGUCACUUCCCUUUUCCUUUUAAUUUUUCUACGGGCCCCCACUUACCGUUUCAAAUGACACCUGCCGUCUUAGCUUCAAUGGGAUAUGGUCAUAGGAAUGUGCCUGGUAUUGUUCCUUCUAACAUUCCUUUCAUGGAAACACCUUGGAGUACCAAUAUGCAAUUUCCGCAAAACUUUGUGUCUCCACCAUUUACCCAUUAUUUUCCGGGUGGAUCACAUCCAAUGUCAGAAAACCUGAGCAAAUCUGGUAAUGAAGAGAUGGGGUCUUUAGAAGUGAAUGUUGAAGACUCUGAACAUGAUAACUGGAACGAGCAAGAGAGGGGAGCUCCUAAUUUUAGACUUGAAAAUGGGGGCUAUGAUAAGCAUCACUCAUCUUCUACAGAACACAGUUUCGCACCCUCAGGUCGUAAAUCUCGAUCAACAAGGGUAGAUGAUUUAGAGAAUUCACACCCUCCAGUCAGAGGCAGUCAGAUUCAAAGUGAGGAGAGAAACGCAGGCUCUAGAUCUGUUUCUUGUGCUAUGCCACCUGGUUAUCUCCAGGGGCGUUUACCAUGGGAUGGUCUUGGAAGACCUCUUGCUUACACAAAUGGAGCUAAUCAGCUCAUGACCUACGGACCUCGUCUUGUACCCGUUGCUCCUGUUUCCACCAGGCCACCUAAUAAUAUUUAUCCUCGUUAUGCUAAUGAAACUCCCAGAUAUCGAAGUGGGACGGGGACCUAUUUUCCAAAUCCUAGAAGGGAGCAGCGGCCUACAUCUGGCAUGAGGCGAGGGAAUAAUUAUGGACAUGACAGAAACAACGACCAUCAAAGUGAGAGAGAAGGUAACUGGAACGGUGGUUCAAAGGCACGGGCCUCUGGACGUAGUAGUAGCUACAACAAUCGUAAUCAAGUUGAUAAUAAUAAGCCAAGGCAAGACCACCGAUCCGAUAGGCAAUGGGUGUCAUCGUCGUAUAGGCAUGAAUCAUCCUCAUAUUCGUCUCACCAACCUCCUAUGCGCUCACAAGAUGCUUCUGGGAAUGUGGCGUAUAGCAUAUACAGACUGCCACAUGGCAUGAAGCAGAACAGUGAGGGACACAACCCUCCUCCAUCUGCCAUGAUGUUUUAUCCGUACGAUCAGAACAACUCUGUGGAUGAAGCACCGCAUCUUAAUGACGGCAACCAUUCAGCUGGUGGUGAGGCAUUUGAAGAUCAGCAGCCAAGGUAUCGUCGUGGUUCUCACACUGAUGAUCCUUCCUCGCCUCGCUUCCCUAGGGGAAAGUAACAUCAAUGAGGGUGGUCAAGUUUUGGCUGGAACUGAUCAAUCUCAGACCAAUCUGGUGUUUUUUUGUUGAAGCAACAAAGAAAGAAACCAAGUCAAGGGUAAUCGGUAAGCAUCACUCAGCGACCCAACCUGGUUAAGAAAACGCUACGCAGAGAUCAGAUCCUAGAGCUAGCUGGUUAAAAACUUUUCUUUGCUCUCUUUCCACAGAAAAUGUAGUCUUUUUUGCCCACAAAGAAAUACUAUUAGAAUUAAGGGCUCAUCGUCAAUCAUGUUUCUAUAAAACAUUCAAGAACUAAUGUGCUCUAAUUUCUUUUUAGCAAGAAAAAAAAAAUCGUAUACUUUUUAGCUGUACGUGUAGUUUUGCUUUGAUCAUGGCAGAAAAUGUGGAAUAAGAUUACUCUGUGUAG